CCACCGGAAUUCUCCUGCGGCGGCUUCAAUCCGAGCCUAUGCUGUCCAACGUGACCCAUAUCCUGGUGGACGAAGUCCACGAACGGUCCGAAGAAUCCGACUUCCUGCUCCUGAUCCUGAAGCAACUUCUGGAAAAGCGUUCCGAUCUCAAAGUCAUCCUUAUGUCAGCCACUCUCAACUCGAAUCUGUUCUCGUCCUACUUCGGUGAUGUCCCCGUGCUGGACAUUCCCGGCCGGACUUUCCCCGUGGAGCAACUAUUCCUGGAGGAUAUCCUCGAGAAGAGCGGCUUUGUGCUGGAAGCCGAUUCACAGUUCUGUCGCAAGCUGCGGAAAGGCGAGGAGGAACAGCUGCUGCAGGAGCUGGAAUACGCGGACGUUAAAGCUGCGAAUGCCGCUCCGGCCAAAACGAUCAAGGACGAGAACCUCAAGAUGGCCGAUAUGUUUGCGAGGUAUUCCGAUUACUCCAAAGCAACGUGCAAAACCCUCUAUCUGAUGGACCCGCUUCGCAUCAACGCGGAACUGAUCGAACACGUUCUGCGGUACAUCGUCGAAGGCACCGACCACGGUUGGCCCCAGGAGGGUUCCAUCGUCAUAUUCCUCCCGGGUCUGGCAGAAAUCCAAACCAUCCACGAAGCCCUCAGCGAAAGCAAACUGUUCGGUCCUCGCGAAAACAAAUUCAUCCUGGUUCCGCUACACUCCACCCUAACCAACGAAGAACAGGCCCUAGUCUUCCGAAAAGCCCCCAAGGGCAAGCGGAAAAUCGUCCUCAGCACCAACAUUGCCGAAACGUCGGUCACCAUCGACGAUUGCGUGUUUGUGAUCGACUGCGGUCAGAUGAAGGAGAAACGCUUCGACUCGAACCGGAACAUGGAAUCGCUGGACGUGGUGUGGGUCUCCCGAGCGAAUGCCCUCCAGCGGAAGGGUCGUGCCGGACGUGUCAUGCCCGGAGUUUGCAUCCAUCUGUUCACGAGGCCUCGAUUCACGAAUCAUAUUCUCGGGCAACCCGUACCGGAAAUCCACCGGAUACCACUGGAACCACUGCUGUUGCGGAUCAAGACGCUGGAAACUUUGCAGGGCAGUUCGCUGAAGGAUGUGCUGAUGGGAACGAUCGAGCCACCCUCGGAGGAGAACAUCGAGGCAGCCAAGAAACGAUUGAUCGACGUGGGAGCGUUCGAUUUGGGCGAGAACCUGACAUCGCUUGGACACCAUUUGGCCACGCUUCCGGUGGACGUUCGGAUAGGUAAACUCAUGCUUUUCGGAGCCAUCUUCCAGUGCUUGGACAGCGUCCUAACCAUCGCUGCUUGCCUCAGCUACAAGAGCCCCUUCGUGUCCCCGUUCACGAAAAGAGACGAAGCGGACAGCCGGAAGCGCCAAUUCGGCAUCGCCAACAGUGACCAUUUGACGAUGCUCAACGCCUACCGGAAGUGGAAGGAAACUACCAAGCGAAGUCGUUACGCCGCUCAUUGCUACGCCGAAGAGAACUACCUGUCCACGAAAACCCUCCAAACGAUAGGUGAAAUGAAGUAUCAAUUCUUGGAACUCCUGGUCUCCAUCGGUUUCGUCCCGAUCGAUCUCAGCGGUCGCCGGGGGAAGUUCGUCAAAGAUGAACUCCUAGAACUCACCGGAUCGGACAUCAACUCCAACGGAGAAAACAACCGCCUGCUGGCCGCUAUCCUCUGCGCCGCCCUCUACCCCAACGUGAUCAAAGUCCUAACCCCGGAAAAGUCCUUCAUCAGCGGAGCCGGCGGUGCCGUCCCCAGACUUCCGCAACCAUCCGACCUGCGGUUCAAAACCCAACAGGACGGAUACGUAUUCCUGCACCCGUCCUCCAUCAACUCCAAAUUCGGCCACUUCAACUCCCCCUUCCUAGUCUAUCAGGAGAAGGUCAAAACCUCGCGAAUCUACAUCCGGGAAACGACGAUGGUCCCGCUGCUUCCCUUGGUCCUCUUCUCCGGCAGUGACCUCCGGAUAGAACUGCACGGCGGAGAUUUCGUCAUUCUGCUGGAAGAUGGUUGGAUUGCAUUGCAGGCCGAAACGCAUCAGGUUGCGGAGAUGAUGAAGUUUCUGCGACUCGAGCUGGCUAAGAUGCUGGAGUUGAAGAUUAGCGACCCGCUGCUGAAUUUGGCCAAUCACGAACAAGGGCGCAAAGUGAUCGGGACGAUUGUGCAGUUGAUAACGAAGGAAUAGGGUUGAUUUUUGGAUAUGUGACUAUAACGUACUGUUAGUGUAAUUAUUGUAUCCCAGUUACUUGUACUUUGUAUACAAAUUGUUGUGCUAAUGAAACAUAAGCUGUAAAUGUAUAUUGAAUUAUAUUUAUUAUUAUAU